AUGUUCUCCUUGCCGGCGAAGUGGACUAGAAUCCUUGUUGCGUUAUGCAUCUUGCUAACGUUGGCGAACUUUCUAAGUAACGCCUACACACGUAAGGGAGCAUCCAAGUUCGACACUUCCCUCGUUUCCAAACCUGCCCAAGGCGGACCGGAGGGAGAGACUAGUCAGAGCGGUGACCAGGCUCAACAUAAGCUGCCUGAAAGCCCCGUUGAUUCGGAAGGGGACUCUGCUCCUAUCAACAAGGCUCGUCCUCCAACUCUUGAAAUGCAGCUUCGUAAGUACUACGACGACCGCGAGAAUGGGAUUCUUAUAGUGCUGCUGGAGCCAGCCGACCCCGAUUUACCAGAGUACGAGACACACGACAUCAAACUGCUCAUCAAGCAAAAUAAAAACAAGAAGAAGUUCGACGUUGCAGAAAUCAAAGGGUACGAUUACUCAAAAAUGAACGAGCAGGUUCAGCUUUCCCAGAGUAAUCAUGGAAUGCUGGACACAUUGAAGUUUAUCAGGUUUCAGAACCGGUUUAUGACUUUCAUUGAGGAUGUUUGGCGCAUGAUUGAAGAAGCUAGACCUUCAGUCAGUGGUAUCAACAAUGACGCCCAUUACUCUCAGUCAAAAUCCACUAACAAGUACAAGAAUGACAACGGCAGGGUUCCGGUGUACGGCGGACACUGGAGAGAGUCAUAUCUUUUGGAGCCCAUCCGCACCAAAGAGUACCUACUGAGCUUUUUCAGAAUAACAACUCAGGAGAAAAAUGCUCUCAAAAAAUCUCACCUUGAUUUCUUAUUAAGAAUGCCAAAGACUUUCCCUAAAGACUUACUUGACGCGGGACAAAAAUUCGGCUUCAUGGAGGGAGAUGGUAUAGUUUACUUGGGAGGCGGCAAGUAUAAUCAACUUGUACUUCUAUCAAUUUCUUUGUUGAGACAGACCGGCUGUAAGUUGCCUAUAGAGGUCAUUAUGCCCAAGAGGGAAGACUUUGAUAUUGAUCUUUGCAAUAGAAUCCUUCCUUCAUUUAAUGGAAGAUGCAAGAUUAUGUCCGAUUUUCUUCCUGAAAGACUUGCGCUGGGAGUAAAGGGUUUCCAGUUAAAGAGUUUAGCACUCUUGGUCUCUUCGUUUAAGAACAUCUUAUAUUUGGAUGCAGACAACUUACCUGUGAGAAAUCCAGACUAUCUUUUCGUCAAUGAGCCCUUCACUUUGAAGCAUAUGAUUUUAUGGCCUGAUUUAUGGCGUCGCUCGACCUCACCUAGCUUCUAUGAAAUUGCGGAUAUUGAGAUUGAUCCAGACUGGCAAUUGAGAAACAGUUACUUCAAAGGUGAUAAUAGAGGAACGAAAAAGGGAGAAUUGUCAUUGCAUGAUACGAAAGGGACUAUACCAGAAGCAUCCAGCGAAACUGGUCAGUUUAUGAUCAAUAAGGAAAAACAUUUCAAAACCUUGAUGUUAUCCUUGUAUUACAAUUACUACGGAUUUGAUUAUUACUAUCCCCUCUUGAGUCAGGGUGCUGCAGGCGAGGGCGAUAAAGAUACUUUUGUCGCCGCUGCGCAUAAGUUGUCUCUUCCGUACUACCAAGUUGUGGAGUUUAAUCGCGAGUUUGGACCGUUGAAACCAAACAAGAAGCAUGAGUAUUUUGGUAUGGGUCAAUACGAUCCAAUUGUCGACUAUUACAAUGAUAAGUUUGGUCUUACGAACGAGGUUAACAUGAACAAUCUUGCUCUGGACAACGAAGAUCCUGAAAAGCUGAAUUACGACUUCCAUUACUACAAAUCCUCAACAUUGAUGUUUCUUCACGCUAACUGGCCAAAAUUCUAUAUUGAGGAGAUGUUCGGGGACCUGAACUCAAAUGGCAGAGGUCCGAUGGAUAAGAGCGGCAACAGAAGAAGACUUUACACUGACUAUUUGAAGAAGGAGACUCAUGGUUAUGAUUUUGAGAUAGAUGUCAUGAAACACGUUGAGACUUGGUUCUGCAAGUCCAAGAUCAACCUUCACGGCUUACCAGCAUCUGACAGCUCGAAACGGAGCAAAGUUUGUGACAACAUCAGGGAUCAACUCAAGUAUCUUAAAGGUUAA